AUGAGCGAGCCUCUGGCGCAGCAGAUCAUUCUGCUGCAAACUAUCGAGCGAAGUCUCACCAAUUUUAAAAAGAUCGGCAAGAACAAUUACACUGCCGCUAAAAUUCGGCAACGGAUCGGGACCUUGAAGGAGAACUGGACGACCUGUGUGAACAAACACGCCAACCUCGUGCAGAUCGUCCCACUAGAGCAACGAGCCAACAUCAGCUACUUCCGAGACGCCGAGUUCGAGCGUCAUCAGGAGAUUUACGAAGGCACGCUGGACUACAUGGCCGACUGCCUCGAGGAGCUGGAGCCUGCACCAUCGAUGUCAUCGUCUCCGCUGCAUCCGAUGAGUACAAUAGAUCGUCCAUCUUUCUCGCUCACGCAUUUACCGCCGAUUAAACUCCCGCCCUUUUCCGGGAACCUCGAUGAAUGGGAAUCUUUUCGAGAUCGAUUUACUUCGCUUAUCAUUCAAAACCAAGAUCUCACUCCCUUUUCGCGUAUGCAUUUUUUAGCCUCAAGCCUCACCGGUCGCGCGUUAGAUACCAUUAAAUCUAUUCCGAUUACUGUUACGAAUUUCGAGAUCGCGUGGAAAACACUCACCUCACGCUUUGAUAAUAAGCGCCGAUUAGUCGAAGUGCAUGUAUCCGCUUUAUUCGAUUUUCCGACGGCUACGCGCGAGUCCGCGUUCGAACUCAACGAACUUCGCGACAAAGCGAAUCGGGCUAUCGCCUCGCUGAGAGCUCUUCAGCGGUCGCCCAAGGAGAUGCUCAGUGACAUUCUCGUUCACUGCGUGUCGCAAAAAUUGGAUCAUGCUACUCGGAAGGCAUGGCGCUUGAAAACUGGUGAGGACCCGCAAAUUCCGUUGUUCGAAGCUCUCGAUCGGUUCCUCGAGAUGCGUGUUCGCGCGCUUGAAGAAUUGUCACCGUCGAAAGCGGAAAAAAUGCGUGGGCAAAAGGUGUCAAGCGCGUCAGCGACCGUUUCAAAACUCGCGUGUCUUUGGUGUCAAGCUGCGCAUUUUUUGAGUAAAUGCCCGCAAUUCUUGAAAAAGACGCCGAGUCAGCGAUCUGAACUCAUUAAAUCAGCACAUCGUUGUAUUAAUUGUUUGAGCUCGAAGCACGCCGUGCAAGCGUGCCCGAGCAAAUACUCAUGUCGAAUCUGUCAAAAUAGACAUCACUCGAUGCUACAUUCUGACUCGACCUCUUCUUCUAGCAAUCCAAACUCAACGACCAUGUUAAACGCGACGUUGGAUAAAAAAGAAAACGACUCAGUAACGGCAUUAUUUUCUACUUCGACGGUAACCGCGCGCAAAAAUGUAUUACUCGCGACCGCCCGUGUUGCUGUUUUUUCGCCGUCGGGUCGUACACUCAACGUGCGAGCGCUCCUCGAUCAAGGCUCAGAAAUUACCUUUAUCACAGAGCGUCUCACUCAAAAUUUAAAAUUGCAACGUGUUCGAUUGCCUCUUUCGAUUUCCGCCGUCGGCGGCGUAGAUGCGGGCACUUGUCGUUUCGCCGCUCAAGUCAAGAUCGCUCCGAUCAAUUCUAACUUACCGGUGUUAACGACGACCGCGUCGAUACUCAAAGUUUUAACUAAAUACUCGCCAUCAAAGGCAUUCUCUCUGUGCGAUUGGAGCUAUCUUCAGAAUCUUGCGCUCGCGGAUCCGACUCCCGUCAGUGCCGAAUCUAUCGAACUCAUCAUCGGUGCGGACCUUUAUCCCGAAUUAUUACUCGACGGUAUUCGGAAAGGAACGAGCGGACAACCGAUCGCCCAGCGGACGAUCUUCGGCUGGGUCCUUUCAGGCCCCACGUCGGAUUCCGGUGCGCCGCAUCGAUUGGUUACCGUGCAGCAUUGCGCGAGCGCGGAUACUCUCGAUCGAGAACUCAGAUGCUUCUGGGAAGUCGAAGAAGUGCCGCGUCGCGCGCUUCUCAGCCCAGAAGAACAACAGUGCAAACAGCACUUCGCACAAACACAUUCGCGCGAUGCUGACGGUCGGUACGUCGUGCGUCUGCCGUUCAGGUGCGAUCCACCAAUCGACAUUGGUGAAUCGCGUUUUAUCGCCGAGCGUUCACUCUCCAGUCUUCACCGACGAUUUCGGUCAAACGCUGUUCUAAAAUCCGAAUACGUCGAUUUCUUGCGCGAAUACGAAGCGCUCGGUCAUAUGCGUCAAGUUCCGGACUCAGUGCUUUCCGCUCAGCACGUAUAUAUUCCGCAUCAUCCUGUCAUCCGAGACAGCAGUCUCACUACGCGAUUGAGAGUCGUUUUUAACGCGUCAAGUCGAACGACAAACUCAACUUCGUUAAACGAUCAUUUGCAUGCAGGUCCGAAACUCCAGACGGAGUUACCUGCAGUGAUCUUGCGAUGGCGGCAAUUCCGGUAUGUAUAUGCGGCGGACAUCGCGAAGAUGUAUCGCCAAAUCCGUGUUGACUCUCGUGACAUCGACUUCCAGCGAAUCUUAUGGAGCGCCGGCUGCUCAGAUACCGUGCAGUCCUAUCAACUGACCACGGUUACUUACGGGACAGCGUGCGCGCCCUUUCUCGCUCUUCGGGUUAUACAACAGCUCGUGACGGACGAAGGCAGCUCGUUUCCUCUUGCCGCGCCGGUCCUGCAUGAGAACAUCUAUGUCGAUGAUGUUCUGUUCGGUGCCGAUGAUAUUCCGCUUCUCAAACAAACUCGCGAUCAGGUUUGCGCUUUGCUCGGUCGGGGACGGUUCGAAUUGAGAAAAUGGUCGAGCAAUUCCGCUGCUCUGCUGAACGAUAUCGAGGUCGACAACCACGGCCUCGCGUGCGAUCGCACUCUUCAAAUCGACGAACAUGUAAGAAUCUUAGGCAUAAGCUGGAGCCCAUCUUCCGAUAUGUUCCAAUUUACCGUAACUCAUAUUCCGUCCGUUUCAAAAACCAAGCGGUCAAUACUCUCGUACGUUGCCAAAUUGUUUGAUCCAAUAGGGUGGUGCACUCCAGUAACAAUCGCUGCCAAGAUCUUUAUGCAACAAUUGUAG